AUGGGACAGAAUCAAGGUAGGGCUGGGGAGCAACAGGGGACACUGGAGGAAAAGGAACCCGGCCCAAACCCAGGGGGUAGCAAGAAGGAAGGAAACGCAAGCGAGGCGACCCACGGAGAGGUGGAGGAUGCCGCAGGACUGGUUAGGGAAAGGCUGGAUGGGAGCCCAGGCACAGAGCCAGCAUCACCUACUCUGAAGCUGGAUACUCACUCUCAGAAAAAAGGGGCCCCUCCUAUAGACUGGGAAUGGAUACAGGGAGGGGAUGGAGAACGAGAGGGAGGCAGGACUGAAGUUCGAGGCUUGCAGAGGCUGAACAAUAUUAGAGUCGCUAAGAGAGGCACGUUGAGCAGUGAAGCAGCUGGGUCUUUGAAACCAGAGUGCACAUCUGUAGUGGAAACAAGCAAAAAGAUGGACUUCAAGGACUCAUCAAAUGACUGGAAGGACAACAUCCAGGAUCUUGCAUGGGACUCUUCUAACAGGGUGCAGAGCGCUGUUCAUUUUCAUCAGUCCAGUUCAUCAAUUGAUGAGGAGAUGAGUGCCACCUCAGAGGUUACAGGCAGCUUUAAGAAACAGGACGGAAGCAGAAUAAAAGAUUUUUUGCCUGAUCAUGGCAUCAAUGCUUUAACUGUCACAGAGGAUUUACAUGAUGAUUUUUUUCCAUUUGAAGUGCCUAUUCCGAAGUCUGAGGAACCAACCCGAGCUGCGGAGAAGCACAAUCUAGACACAUUGAAUGCUCAAUUAGAGAAGAAUUUUCCUGGAGAAAAUCCACUACCACCAGACAGAUCUUCUGCCUUAAAGCCCUGUGAACCAAGCUUGGCUAAAAAAGAUGGAGAAAAAUUAUCACUUUCUACUUCUUCUGAAGACAACCUACCAUUCAAAUGGAGAGAAUCUGACUGCCAGGACACUAAUGUUCCUUUUAAAACGGGUAGUUCAGGAGAACAUGCGCAUGCAGGAAUAUCAGAACAAAUGCAUGGAACGGGGAUGCCAUUUCUUGCAAUGACCUAUGACCUGCGCAAUAGAUCAGAGCUUAAAACAACAGAAAAGAUAUCACCAAACAGUGAGGAUAUCUGCAAAUUCACCACCACUGUGGAGAGUAAAACGAUGGAUAACUGUGGAAACAUAGAAGAUCACCAGGCUGCAGAUAGUAUUAUAGAGAAUAGUGAUGUGACAGCGAGGAGCAUGACUAAGCAAGAUUCCUCAGUGAUAGGCCUUGCAUUCUACAAAAGUUCAACUAUAGCAGAGUUCGAAGAAGAGGAGAAGCACUUGUCUAAGCCAGAGUCUGACACACUAAAGAAUAAUCCAGAGAGAAAACCUGACAUCUCAUACGAUGCAGUAGAAGUGUAUAAAGAGGCCAAAGAAAAUCCUGAUUAUUAUUUCUCAACAGAAACAACCAAAGUCCAAACUGAGGAAAUUCCUAAGCAGUUUUUGACAGUGGUGACUGGACAGUCAGAAAAACUGUCAUUCCCUGACAUGACAAAGUCCAUUACAGGUGAAACAGAACCCCACCUGGCAUCGUAUGCCGCCUUGGAAUCUCAGGAUGCUUUUGAUAGGGAGAGAGAAAUGUUUUCCAACCAAGACAGAGCUAAGGGAAACACUAACACAGAAAGAAAUUUGGACGAGCGAUCAAUUGUAAUGUUCGAGAGAUAUAGAGACAAAUCCUCUGGUGUGAUGACAUCAUCAGAGAGGGACAGAGUUAAUCAGAGUGUUGACAAAAACCUCACUUCAGUAACUGACAGUCAUCAGGAAGCAGCUGUAUCCAUUUGUGACUCCGAGCUCAGCUCGGUCUUCGAGAAUCCUGUGGGUCAUGAAGAAAGCGAGCCAUCGCAGUCACAAGUAGAAUCAAACAGUUAUGUAGCUUUGAGUGAAAUUGCAAAACCAAUGGAUGGCCAUGAAGCAAAGACUAUGCCAUGUGAGAAAAAGCUUUGCACUGAAGACCUCAUCAAAGCAUUCACUGGUCCUGUUAAGGAUGUAUUAGAGAACUCUAGGACAGAUAUUGCCACUGGUCUUCUAGAUUCCCCACACAACUCCUGCUCUACACAACAAGAUGCUCACCAAAACAAUGUUACACCGGAAUCCACAGGACAGUCUUCUACUUCUGAACAUGACACUGCUCGACUGAGCCAAACCGAUCAAAGCAUCGUCACAAGGAAUGAUCAGACUCCCGUACCUGCUCAGGAUGGUGUCCCAGCAAGGGAAAAUUUAGAAACCCCUUCAAAAUGCAAGCCUGUGUCAGACCUGAUUAAAGAAACCAUUCAGCUGCAUGAGAAGAUGAAGGAGUGGACCAAACCCGCAGAGUCUAAAGCUGAUGUGGUCUUGGACUCUGCACAGUCUGUCAAAGUGGCGCAGAUGAAGGCUGCAUUCGAUUCGCCAAAAAAGUCUCUGGAAAAAGGUCUGGAAAGAAAAACGUCAGCGAGGAAAGGUAAGACCUAG